UGUUUAUCCGGUCGCUCUGACGCGUCAACGGCCCGGCCCGGCCCAGGACAGGGCGGGAGGGGGCGUCGGCGGUACCGACCCGGCCGUGGCCCAUUAACCUCUUCGGUCGUGUCCCACCAUGUUCAACGUGGAAAGCCUAGAGCGGGCAGAGCUCGGGGAGAGCCUCCUUACCUGGAUCCAGACAUUUAAUGUUGAGGCACCAUGCCAGACUGUGGAAGAUUUAACGAAUGGGGUUGUGAUGGCCCAGGUUCUUCAAAAAAUAGAUCCAGCUUACUUUGAUGAUAAUUGGCUGAACAGGAUCAAAACAGAAGUAGGAGAUAAUUGGCGACUAAAGGUAAGCAACCUGAAGAAAAUUUUAAAAGGAAUAUUGGAUUACAACCAUGAGAUUCUAGGACAACAGAUUAAUGACUUCACCCUUCCUGAUGUUAACCUGAUUGGAGAGCAUGCUGAUGCUGCGGAGCUCGGAAGAAUGCUCCAACUUAUUUUGGGAUGUGCUGUGAAUUGUGAACAGAAGCAAGAGUACAUCCAGACCAUAAUGAUGAUGGAAGAAUCGGUUCAACAUGUUGUCAUGACAGCCAUUCAGGAGUUGAUGAGUAAAGAGUCUCCAGUCUCUGUUGGAAAUGAUGCUUACGUUGACCUUGAUCGGCAGCUGAAGAAAACUACAGAAGAAUUAAAUGAAGCACUAGCAACAAAAGAAGAAAUUGCCCAGAGAUGUCAUGAGUUAGACAUGCAGGUUGCAGCCCUCCAGGAAGAGAAGAGCAGCUUGCUUGCUGAGAAUCAGAUUUUGAUGGAACGUUUAAAUCAGUCUGAUUCUAUUGAAGAUCCCAACAGCCCAGCGGGGCGCAGACACUUGCAGCUGCAGACACAACUAGAACAACUGCAGGAAGAAACAUUCAGAUUAGAAGCUGCCAAAGAUGACUACCGAAUACGCUGUGAAGAACUAGAAAAGGAAAUUGCUGAACUGAGACAACAAACAGAAGAGCUUACUACACUGGCAGAGGAGGCUCAGUCUUUGAAGGAUGAGAUAGACGUACUCAGGCACUCUUCUGAUAAAGUAGCCAAGUUAGAAAGUCAGGUAGAGUCAUACAAAAAGAAAUUGGAAGACCUGGGUGAUUUGCGACGGCAAGUGAAGCUCUUAGAAGAGAAGAAUACAAUGUACAUGCAAAAUACUGUGAGCCUGGAAGAAGAACUAAGGAAGGCCAAUGCAGCACGCAGUCAGCUGGAGACAUACAAGAGACAGGCAGUUGAACUACAAAACAGGUUAUCUGAAGAAUCCAAGAAAGCUGAUAAAUUAGAUUAUGAAUGCAAACGACUGAAAGAAAAAGUAGACAGCCUCCAAAAAGAAAAAGAUAGAUUAAGAACAGAAAGGGAUUCUUUGAAAGAAACUAUUGAAGAGCUUAGAUGUGUACAAGCUCAGGAGGGGCAGCUCACCACCACAGGAUUGAUGCCUCUGGGAAGACAAAAGCCUUCAGACAGUUUAGCAGCAGAAAUUGUUACUCCUGAAAUAAAGGAGAAACUCAUUCGUCUUCAGCAUGAGAACAAGAUGUUAAAGUUGAACCAAGAAGGUUCUGACAAUGAGAAGAUUGCCUUGUUGCAGAGCCUUCUUGAUGAUGCAAACUUAAGGAAGAAUGAAUUGGAGACAGAAAACAGAUUGGUAAAUCAGAGACUUCUAGAAGUACAGUCCCAGGUUGAAGAACUACAAAAAUCUUUGCAGGAUCAAGGUUCAAAAGCUGAAGAUUCAGUUCUUCUGAAAAAGAAACUUGAAGAACAUCUUGAGAAGCUCCAUGAAGCUAAUAAUGAGCUACAGAAGAAACGAGCUAUAAUUGAGGAUUUGGAACCAAGAUGCAAUAACAGCUCACUCAAAAUUGAAGAAUUACAAGAAGCUUUGAGGAAAAAGGAGGAAGAAAUGAAGCAAAUGGAAGAGCGAUACAAAAAGUACCUGGAAAAGGCCAAAAGUGUCAUCCGCACCUUAGAUCCUAAGCAGAACCAGGGUGCAGCUCCUGAGAUUCAGGCUCUGAAAAAUCAGUUGCAGGAGCGGGACAGAAUGUUUCAUUCAUUGGAGAAAGAAUAUGAAAAAACAAAAUGUCAAAGAGAAAUGGAGGAGAAAUUUAUUGUCAGUGCCUGGUACAAUAUGGGGAUGACUCUGCAUAAAAAAGCAGCAGAAGAUAGACUGGCUAGUACAGGCUCAGGACAGUCCUUCCUGGCUAGACAAAGGCAAGCCACGAGCACAAGGAGAUCUUACCCUGGCCAUGUCCAGCCAGCAACAGCGAGGUAG